AUGUGCAAACCCUCGUUUGUAUUCCUCAGCAUCCUCGCUGUCACCCUCACAGCAGCCCAAAUUCCCCCAGACUAUAACUUCUGCACGGGUGACAAAAGCACCUUGGGCCAUUGCGACACACUCACAUACGUAGACACUACUCUGGCCGCCAAAAAUCCACCCAACGCGACGGAAUGCCAGGAAGCUUGCAGUAGUAUCUUCCAAGAUGCUGGAGAGUGGGUCGUUCAUCUAGAAGGCAAACCAGAAGGCUACCAACAACACAUGCAUAUAACGCGCCCUGCGGUUUCAGCAUGGGUGCCAUUCCCAAUACCUCACACGAGUUUUCAUUUGACAUGA